CUUCCUACCUGUUGAAAUACCCUACCGGAAGAUUUCAGCCGGUUCAAAUCUAAUGUUCAGCUGUUUUCUGGCUUUGAUCCCGGUACUAGGAGUGCAGGCCACUUUACUACUACCGUAGAACUUCCGCUUAGUCCUCUCCUUCAGGAAUUCAGUUCUUCUGUACUUCUUCCCUAUUAUUAACAAGGCGAUUACUAACGGUUACGCAACGAACCCAGCACCCUCUUCGACACUCAAGUACUGAUCCUCAAGCGGAACCGGUACGGAAGGCGAUUUCAGAACGCUGCACUGUCCUCUGUGAAACCAUGGCGUCAUCUAGUCGCGACGCCGCUGGGUGCUCUCUCCAGGGCGAGGUCAUCGUCAUAAGCGAUGACUCUUCCGACGAAUCGCCGCCGAAGCGGCGCCGUGGAGGUCCUCGUGGAGGUUCUCGUGGAGGUUCUCGUGGAGGUCCUCGUGGAGGUUCUCGUGGAGGUUCUCGUGGAGGUUCUCGUGGAGGUUCUCGUGGAGGUCCCCGUGCAAGUCGCCAGGACCCGGACUGCGAGCCCAGCUGCAGUUCCUCGGGUCUGAAGCGUCGUCGGACGCCGAAGAAGGCGGAUGUCGACUCCGUGGCCGACGACUCGGUGGCCUCCUCCAGGCGCAAGUCGAAGGGCACCGAGGCCGAGCUGGCCGAGCUGCCGACGGGCUGGGCCGCCCUGCCGCAGCACCUGCUCACCAAGGCGUUCCGCAUGAUGGGCAACGAUGACGUCAUCUCGGCCGGGCAGUCCUGCCGCAGCUGGCGAGCCGCAGCCAAGCAGCAAUCGGUGUGGCGCAGCAGGCAGCUGUGCUACGACCUGCCCGGCUCCAAGAAUAACUGGCACGCUGGCGCCAAGGCCUUCAGGCGGACCAUCCUCUUCGCCCCGUGCCUCGGCCGCGUCAGCUGCCCCAAGACGAUGGAGGGCUCCGCCAGAAACGCCAUCUCCACUCAGUCCACCUGUCAGGUGAGGUCGGCGGAGCUGAACGGCCAGUUGCAGUGGACGACCAAAUACCUGAACCGCCAGAGGGGGACGCUGGAGGAGCUGACCCUGCUCAACCCCAAGGUGGCCGCCCUCAAGGCCGCCCUCGCCCUGCCCGCGCUGAAAAGCCUGGCGGUGUCGUACGAGCGGGACGUGACCAAGGAGAAGUACCAGCAGCAGAAGUUGGGCUACCUGCCCUUCAAGUACCGGGUGCCCGGAGUCCCCAAGGGUACGACCGGCAGGCUGCAGAAGCUCGUCUGCCAUCCUGGGAUUCGGUCGCAAGCUGUGGAGUCGCUGGUCCUCGCCAACGCAAGCACAGUGCAGGAGUUGGGCAUCCACUGCCUUCCCGUGGCGGCGCUCAAGCGUUGCACCAAACUGCGGCGCCUCAUGGUGAAGCUGAACCCCGCCAACGCCGCGGACCAGGCCAAGCUGCGCCAAGUGCUGCAAGGGGCGCGCCUGGAGUACCUCGCCUUCAUAGGCACUCCAAGCCACUCGAAGGACGCCUGCACCGCUCUGCGCGCCUCCCUCCUGCAGCAAGUGCGCGGGCGCGUCGUCUGCAGUGCAUGCGAAAACGUCUGCGCCCUGGAGAGGCCGCGCUUCGCGUCGAGGGACGUGCCCGACCUGGAAGUGGACCUCGGACCGUUCGACUUCCUCGCCAACAUGUUCAGAGCAUACGGCAGCUGCCAGUGCAACAGCUGUGCCAUGGAGCAGACGGACUGGGGCUAUGAGGAUUUCGACGAUUACCCCGGUUAUUAUGACACCGGUUUCGAUGAUUUGGGUUACGACGACUUCUUCUAACCGUGCCUCAAUGAUAGAUUUUUCUUGCGCAGAUCACAAUUUAUUUAUUUUUUGUCUCUGUUUGUUUGUUGUUUUUGGACAUUGUCUUGCUCUUGCUGUCAAGUCAACUUUGUUUUGUUUGUUGUUGUUUUUGCUCUUGCUGUCAAAUCAACUUUAUUUUGUUUGUUAAUCGUUGGUUUUUGGAGGAGGGACUUCAGAACUUUGCCACUGUGUUCUUUUCCGCUUAAGUUCUUUGAUUGGUAGAAAGUUUAUUUUUUUAUGACCUUUUGCACGAUGGUUUUGAAUAAACUUUUUUGCCCGUGCUCCGCGGGGUAUCGACUAUUAAAGAAUAUGUGCCUUCCUUAACGUCAUUGAAUUUGCUGAUGGGAACUUUGUUUCAUGUUUGAUUGUUCCGUGGCUUUGUGGGAGGCAUCAAACUCGUACCGAUAUUUGGGUGUGUGACUUAACCGUAAUAAAUAUGAGUAAAAAUUUGC